UUCAUGAUCCCGCGUUCUCGAGGCGUGGUGUACACCCGAACGACCCAUGGCUCCCUGGACAUGGCCUACGACUCGAAGUCGGAGCGACACCACUCCCUACUGCACCUCAUCGACACAAUUCGAAGAGGUCGCAUCGAGAUGUCGAACCUGCUCCAUCAACUCGCAUGCCAAUGUCGCUGCAAGCCAUCUUGUCACCUCCAGGCCUCCCGACAACGACAAUAACAACUAGCGCGUCCUACUCGUCUCACGGAGCGUCUACAUUGUCUUAUCCAUAUCACCCACAUCAUCAUCAUCAGCCGCAGGAGCCUCUGUCGGCUGCGCCGUUCUAUGCAUCAUCCACAAAGGUACAUCAGCUCCCGACGCCCUUACCCACUCCGACCUCUCCUCCCCCAAACGUAUUGUCUGGAGACGCGAAACUCAAGAUAUCCGUGCAGACUCGACGUGAUCACCAAGACCAAGAGCAACCUUUUUCAUCUGUGGCGACCUACAUUCGCACUCAGCAUUCUGCACGGAACGGUACUCAUCAGAGCAAAUCGGCGUCUACAUCUUCUGCUGCUGCAAUUUCAUCCAGCGCCGCGACACACCUGAGAAAAGCAAGCCAUCCGACGAGCCCGACGACAACUUCGACAGUGCGAAAGAUGACAGCUUCGGGUCCGUUUGCUGCUGGUCAGUCCGCCCGUAAAGCCUACUUCCACACGCGCACGGCUUCGGGAGCGAGCGCAGAGUCGAGCUAUGGAUCUGGUAGUGGUAGUGGGAGCGUCGUGUCCAAGCACUCGCUCGCGGCCAUGUUAAAUCCAGUAUCACCUGCAGAGUCGGCUUCGAGGAGGGCGGAUUAUUUCUCAGAGCAGCAACAACCCCCAACCUCAACCCCAAAUGAUGUCGCCUGUUGUGGCGCCGAUGGUCACACCCCAAACGACGACCAUCCCCAUUCGCAAGGAAUUGUGGGAUGUGGAUGCGCUCGACCCUAA